CCUCAGUUAUUUGCUGCAUAUUUAUCCAAAUAGUUUUAAGUCGCGAUCAGUUCCGAGCGUAUCAUAUACGAUACACUCGCGCGAGUCCAGUUUGCAGGCUGUAACUUGAAUUCUGGUUAUUUGCUUUGUAAAGCGAGCAAGUGAAUGUCGCAGUAGCACGUGCUUUGUGUACCAGAAUGGCGUUUAACGAAAACACAAGGCCCCUUACUGCUGCCGAACUGCAGGAAUUAGCAGACAAUAUGGAUUUGAAUGACUCGGAUAUAGAUGAUAACAUUGAUAUCGGCGAAUCGGGUGAGGAGCAGGAGGAGUUUUUUCAACAGCCUGACGUAACACCACAGGAUGACAAUUUCGAUACUUCCGAUGAAGAACCCUUGAUAAACAUUGUAAAGAGAAUUAGUGAUCGUUGUAGGUAUAGACAUAAAGAAGAAUUUUAUCCAUCAGUAGUGAGAGAGUUUGUUCAAGAAGAAAUAAACAGAAGCGUCAAAGAACCAAUGCAAUAUUUUUGCAAAUAUCUUGACGACGAUUUUUUUGAAAAUAUUGCACAUUUCAGCAAUAUUAGAGAAGUGAAAACUACCGGAAAAUCUUUAGGAACUUCUUCUGCAGAGAUCAAAAGGUUUUUUGGAUGUUCUAUGCUGAUGGGCAUCUACAAUCUACCACGCAUUAAAAUGUACUGGGGUGUACAAACUAGAGUACCCAUAAUUUCUGAAAAAAUGUCUCGGAAUAGGUUCUUCGUUCUGAGAUCGCGCCUGAAGCUUGUUGAUGAUGACAUGGUCAGUAAAGAAGCAAGGGAUCUAGAUAGGUUUUGGAAGGUAAAGCCUAUGCUAGAGAAAAUUCAACGAGGUUGUCGUUCAAAUAUCAGAACAGAAAAUGUGUCAAUAGACGAACAGAUGAUACCUUUUCAUGGACAAGUUAAAAUGAGACAAUUCGUAAGAGGUAAGCCAAAUCCGGUAGGCCUCAAAGCUUUUGUUAUGACAACACCACAGGGAAUACCUUUAGAUAUUUUAAUGUACGAAGGGAAGGGUACUUCAGUAGAUUCCAUACUUGUAGACACGCCAGAAAAGCUUAACGUCGGAGGGAGAUAUGUUUUAAAACUGGCCGAUACACUACCAAAGGGAGUUUCAGUUUUUACGGAUAGGUUUUUUACAUCUAUACCUUUGGUAGAUUGUAUGUUAUCAAGAUCCUUGACUGUUACUGGUACUCUAAUGUCUAAUAGAGUUCCUAAAGAGGCGAAAUUCGAAUCGGACAGCAUUCUAAAGAAACGAGGCAGGGGCUCAUCGGAUCAAUUAGUAAGACAAGACGAGAAGAUGGUCCUAGUAAAAUGGUUUGACUCUAGGCCAGUGCAAAUGGCGUCAUCUAAGUGUGGUUCUGAGCCUCUAGGAGAAUGCAAAAGGUGGUCAAAAUCUGACAAUAAAUACAUACAGAUUCCACAGCCAAACGUUAUUAAGGAAUAUAACGCAUUCAUGGGUGGAGUUGACUUACUUGAUCGGGUCAUCGGAAAAUAUUGUAUGAGGUCAAGGACAAAAAAAUGGACAAUACGUUUCAUUUAUCAUUUUUUUGAUUUUGCUGCUGCUGCUUCUUGGUUGGAAUAUCGUGAAGAUGCCUCUUUAGCACGUCUUGAGAAAAAACAGAUCAUGGAUUACAUGGAUUUUAAAUUUGCUAUUGCACAAGCACUUCUUUACAAUUUGGAAGAUAAAGAAAAUGAAACAUCAGAAGAUGAAGAAGCUGUUGAAAUUAAAAAGCCUAGGCUAGUUGAAGCACUACCUGCAAGAGGAUUUAGACGAGAAAGCGCAUUACAUUUGCCUGAAUUUAUGAAUGAUAAGCAAAAAAGCAGGUCAAAAUGUCGUUUAGCAGGAUGCAAGAUGUUAACUUUUACCAGGUGUACCGCUUGUAAUGUUUUUCUAUGCUGCAGUGUAAAUAGAAAUUGUUUUUUACUAUUUCAUAAGUAAAUUUGCAGUUCUAUGAUAUAAAUUUGCUUUGUAACAUUGAAUUAAUAAAUUUACUUUUUUAACUUAUCAUUUCUUUAAUAUAUUUUUUGUGUAGAUGGAGAUCCAAGGUAUCAUAGAUGAUACCUGGCAUAAAACCAAAAAUCUAUUUUUGUUUCAAAAAAUUUGCUUCGUUUGUGCCUUACUAGGUCCAUUAGAACCCAAAAUCACUAUUUUUGCUAAUAAGUCCCAGUUAUCUGGCUCUUGGGUCCGAGGAGGAUACUCAAUAGCUCUGUUUUAAACAUU